UGCGUUGACGUUUUAAGCACGGUCAGCAAAAUCAUUCAUUAAAGUCUAGCACUGUUCUAGAACUUGUUCAGUAUACAUGUGAUCAGUGCCACAGGUCACACUGGCUCAGUCCCACAUCAACAAAGAAAGGAAAACAAUUACUAUGGCUGGGGGUAAGUGAAACUAUUUUUUGUUAAUAGGCGUAUUUAUACAUAACCAUCGAAACGGCAUUGUACGGAAAUAACUGUACCAUUCAAAGUGCUAUCUGUAAUCUGCUUUGCACGCGAUAUUCGGUAAAAGUAAUUAAGUCGUCAUACUGAUAUGCAUGCAUAUACUGCAUCAGUACAUGUACAGGCAUCAUACAAAUAACAACCCUAUAUAAGGCUAUAUAUUCAUUUUCUGCUUUUUUGCAUGAACGCCUUUUUUCAUGCAACUAAGGGCAACUUUUCACCUUGUGUUUAUCUGAUGUCGAGAAAUAUCAGCCCUCUUGCUGGGGCUGUCUCGCUUCCGUAUUAAAACGACACUUAAAGUUAAAUGGCUUCCUUCAAUUCAUCUAUUUUAUUACGAAGACGUCCAAAAUCUUAUUCUGCCAAGCAAAGUUUCGCCAGUUGAAUAUUGUUUUACACUGAUCAAAUUUCUAUACUGAUAUUAAUAUUGUCACAUCAAAUACAGACCGGUGCAUUCACACAUUAUAUAGGCCUAUACAUGAAUAUUAUAUACAUGCAUACACAUGCCACAAUAACUUAAUAUAUUUAGCUGGCCUUUUCGAUCAUAUAAUGUUAUAACCUUUACGGCUUUAGAUAUACCAUAACAUGCUUCAUAAGUGUAAUGCUUAAAAUGCAAUGCUGGCAAUACAGUGAUAUAAUUUCAUGGAAAUUUGUUUCAUCAAGAAGUUAGUACGUGGAUGGUCAAAGGCGUCUCGAUCUAUACCAGUAUAUCUCAUGCAACUUUGGUCGAGAUCACUGCAUUCUUAAAAGUUAAAAUGAACAUAUUGCACUAUAGCUACUCCGACCAACACCGUGACUUUGAACCUAGAGAAAUUAAGCAGUGAAUAUAAUUAUCAAUAGUAUAGUAGUGUCGUCAGUGGCGAAGCCUAGCGAUGGCAACUGGUCAUGUUAUACUGUAUAUACUCAGUGGCGAAGCUAGCCACAGCCAACAGGUCAUGCUACAGUAGCCUAUGUAACUAAUUUUCAUUAUUCAAACCUCGAUUCAAACCAUAGAAAUAAUAUAUAGGUAAUAUAGAUUAUCUCAGUGAGUAUUAUUUCUGUCAUUCAAAUCUUUAGAAACGUACUGCAUGUCUAUAACCUAUUUAUAGACACAGGUUUAUUAGAUACAGAUUUAUUAUUCAUUAUUUAUGAUUUAUGAUUUAUUUUUUUAUAGAUACAUGUUUAUUAUAUAUUACACCGGUGAUCCGCAUAUGUAAGCUGUCCAAGUUUUGUGUCUUGUUCAGUCAUAUGCAAUUCAUACCUCAAAUCAAAUUUACAAGUCAUUUGAGUAUUGAUUGGAAACAUGUUUGUCUAAUGUGGACUAUUGUUUAUAUCAAAGCAUCCUUCAAAACAUUUUUAUCAUAUUAUAAAAGCGUCCUACACAACUUGGAGAACAACAUGUAUAUUUUCACCAUGCAUUUCAUUGCAGAUCCUUCCCUGAUACAAUGUGCACUGAUCACUAUCUUAAUUCCCAUUCAUUUCACCAGUACCAUAUAUUCAUCUAUACAUAUUGUUUUCAGUGGAUUUUCAAGGCAAGGCACGUAUUUAAAAGACAUCCAAUGAAAGAAAAUAAAUAAACAAAAUAUUGGGUCAGCACUAGGCAGGCAUGAGUAAUUCUCUGGCUUCCCUUUAUGGUCAAUAUAUAGAUGAUGGGCCUAUAGAUACAAUGUUUAUGAAAAUUUCUGGGAAAUAUUUCUGUGAAAACAUCUUUCAAAUUUAUUGCAAAAUGGGUCUUAGCAAACCAUUCCAGAAUACACUGGACUUACAGUUAUCUGCAUGCAGUCAUGGUGAACAACCAUCAGUUACAUUUUACUGACUUCCUGAUUAACUGUAUAAAGUAUAAAAUUAUAGUUUUUGUUAUAUAAUUACACAUGAGAGAAGAAUUUGGAAGCACUAUUUAUUUUGAAGACUCCUGCAUUUAAAUAAUUGAUCAUGUCGGCUUGAAAAUGCAGUUAAAACUGUAUAGUAACUUCUUUUGAAGAUUUUUGUUCCCAUGCUCAGUUCUUGAGAUAUUUCAUUUUGUUUGUAACCAUGUGACGUCAUUUACUCAAUCACACAUGUAAUGAGAUUAACAGUAAUUGUUGUGUAUCUUUGCUAUUUUUAUCAAAUAUUUCCAACGAUGCGGCGCGUUAGUUAAACCUACAUCAUGAAGCAUACUGGGUUUUAUUUAACAAAUCCGUCAAAAAUAACAUUCACUGAUAUAUAAUGGUAUAUAUGUGUUAUAUAUGUAAUUGAGUAGAUGACGUCACAUGGUUUCGAACAAAAUUAAAUAUCUCAAGAGCGACCAUAUAUGGGAACCAAUUUUUUCAAAAGAAGUUACUUUAUAAUUUUAGGAGUUCUUUCGUUUGAGACAACUGAAAAUUUUAAUGACAGUGCCACCUUAAAACAACCCAUACAUUCAUUCGGUUGUCUCAGAUUCAUUUGGAUAGUGACAAAUGCAAGUGCACGUGCAUGAUUCUGUAUAUCAUUGGUUCAGUUAAGCAUUUAAGUUAACACUGUAAAACAUCUCUGAGUAGUUUGAGUCAAAACGUAAGCAAAAUGAGCAAAUUUACCCAACUAUUUUGAAUAAAGUUUACUAAAUUUACUUAUCUUUCUUAGUGAACUUUUCCUUUUCUCAAAAAAAAAAUGAGUAAAAUAAUAAUUUCCUUAUAAAUUUAGGCCCCGUUUACACUGUAGCCUACCUGAUUCGCUGGUCACGACGUCAGUUUUAACAGUCAAUGAAAUAGCCUAAACAUUUAUAAUGGCAGUAACAAGCAGAAGCAUGCGGAAGUUAUAGAAAGAGUAAAUCUUUGUUGUUAAACGUUGCUCCUGGGCAGCAAACGAAGAUGUCGUGACCAGUGAAUCCAGUACAUUGUAAACGGGGUCUUAAGCUAUUUACUUGAUAUCAGUUGCGUCACUCUGGGUGCACUUACGUUUUGCAGUCAAAAUAUUUUCCAGUGUUGAAUUCAAAUAUAUUGUAGGUAGUUAUAAUUUAAAACCUAUUAGUUUAAUAUGUAUAUGAUCAGUGAAAAAUUAAACGAUAUCCCAUUUUCAUUGAGCGGAGUCUAUACGUACACUUGCAAGUCAAACGAUUGUUCAAGUUAUUAUGUCCGACUUCCCAUAAACUGGCCAAAGGAUAUGAUUUUGAGUGUUCUUAAUAUAUUGGAUAAGUAAUUGAAGGAUUCAUGUGACGAUUUCACAAAGAGCAUAUACUUUAAUCUUUGGCAAUGGAACAACUUGUUGAUGGGAUUACGUUCUAUUUACAUAUUUUAUUAAAGUCAUCCUAUUUAUUGAAAAUGUACUUGUAUAUAUAUUAUUUUAUAUCAUAGGAUUGUGCUUCUCAUGCAUAUUGAAUUUAGACUCGACUGCGUAACUUGAAUCCCAUUUUCCUGGAUAAUGUUGACAAUAGCAUAAUAAUAAUAAUAAUAAUAAUGGAAACUUUAUUUAUUGAUUAUUAGGAUAUAUACAACUACAAUGAUAAACCUCGCUUUACAGGUAGUUUAUCAAUGUCUACUUGAAUUGAUACUAUAUGUUUAUUGUACAAUAAUUAUUUUAAGAAGGAUUAUAUUAACAUUAAUUUUGGGUUAUCCCACACCUUGUUUCGUUUACAAAAUACAUAAUAUGAUGUUCGUAUGCAUAUGUUCACGAUUUGCUUUUUUAUGUAUUUACAUAAUAAUAAUUAUAAUAAUAAUAAUAAUAAUAAUAAUAAUAAUAAUAAUAAUAAUAAUAAUAAUAAUAAUAAUAAUAAUAAAAAUAAAAAUAAUAAUAAUAAUAAUAAUAAUAAUGUCAUCUUAGACUUAAUUAGUUAUCAGUUAUCAUUAUCAUAUUAUUAUCAUAUUAUUAGUUAUCAGUAUAUCAGUAACACACAGGUAUACCAUGCCAUUCAACCAUACCACACUAUAUCAUGACACACCACACCAUAUACCACACCAUAGCAUCAUACCAUACCAUGCACACCACACCAUCUUUUACCAUUCCAGUUCAUACCGCACCAUAUCAUACCACACAAUAGCAUACUUUAAUUCAUUAUUGAGUCGGUUUUCUUUGAUGUACCGACUUGAAUAUUAGUUAGCUGAAAAGAUGAAGGAAAACUCAGAAAAUCGACGUUCAAAGCAGACAAAUCAAACAAAACUUUGUUGGAAAACCUCCUCAACCAUGAAUUAAAUAUGAUAAACACCUCGAAAGUCGGGAUUUAUGUGAUUAUGUCGGAUAAUGCCCUCGGACGCUGCGCGUCCUUCCUCGGUGUUUAUCCUAUACCAUGCAUAUGUAAUUACUACUCUACUAUAGUAUACCAUAUUACACCAUCGAUUCCAUACCAUUCCGUAUCAGAGUAUAUUAUGCCCAUACAACACCAUACCAUGCCACAUUAUCCAAUACCAGUCCAUUCCAUACUACAUCACACCCAAAUCACACCAAAACGUACAUAUAGCCACAACAUUUCAUCCCAUUCAGCUCACACUACACCAUAUAUCCGCAUACCCCACCAUCCAAAAUAUCAUUACAUCCAUGGCCGCACCACACCAUGCAUACUAUUAUACCAUGCAUACUAGCAAGUCAAACUAUAUUAUACCACGUGAAUUAUUCACCGAGUUACUCAUUAAGCCAUCUGAGAAAUAACUUUAUUAACGACAAGCAAUAUAUACAAAUUUAAGAUCACCCGAACUGACCAAUCUAAUUAAUUAUUUCAGUUUGCCCAUUUAGGAAUUAAGCCUACACUAUAACCCUUCUAUAACUACAACUUUUCUUCUAUAAUUUUCUAGCCUAUAGAAUUUAACCAAGAAAUGUUAAAUACCUAUUUGAUAUAAACAAGUUUUGUUAUUAGAUUUCUGAAACAAAAAUGAUCAGUGUUUAUGACUCAUUUUUAGAAGAUAAUUUCUAUAUAGAAGAUAGUUUAUAUAUUCUCUUUUAUUUAUAUAAUGAACCAAUCGCAAUGCCUGUUCAUAUAGAUACUGGACCACUGACUACAAAAAGAAGCAAGUACUCGCGAUCUAGUACUAGAAAGUCAGUUUAUCUGUGGGAAUUUCUCUUUGGUUUACUGGAAGACGAUGAAUGUGCUUCAGUUAUAUCCUGGACCAACAAACUUGAAGGGAUAUUUACAUUAAAAAACACCAAUGAACUUGCCAAGCUAUGGGGAACUGUUAAAAAUAAACCGAACAUGGACAAGUACAAACUAUUUAGAGCGAUGAGGAAUUAUUACAACACAGGAAUGCUAAGAAAGGUGACAUAUUUUUCUUUAAUAGACCUGGGGCACGGAGGCGUGGUAGCCGUCGCUGAAAUUUAAUACUCGAAAUAUUUCUCGAGGUCUUGUGGGGAAUAUCAUCGCUAAGAAUUCAAAAAUAUAUUCCAAAGAUUCUCAAUCGUUUGGUACAGAUGGCUGUGCAUGAAUAAUGAGUUAGAUUUGCAUGUCAUUGUCGAGGAAAGCAACCAUUAGUUAAGUGAUAGGGAUGACAGGGAUGUGACUAUGCCUGAAAAUACAAGGGGAGCUUCAUAGAAGGAGAACUAUUUUUUCAUGCAGGUAGUUGUAUCCUUAUUAAUCCAAAGUUUCCUUAUUAUUGGCAAUAUCUACCGAAUCGAACCUGCGGCCCUGCGAUUCCGGUGCAGAGCUCUAGUUCUAAUCAACUGAGCUACAGAGAGACAGUUGUCGAGCUUUAAUCUUUUCUUCAUAGUUGGAAGUAAUAUACUUUGAAUAUCUACAAAUUUCAGCAGGGUCAGUGGAAAAAUAUAAAAACAACUCACAACAGUAAUUCUCAUUACAUCGCAUUAAUUAUUUUCAGUUUCUAUAUUUUCAGGUGAAAGGACGUAACAGCAUGUAUCAAUUUGUAUCUAUACCGUACGAAACAGAAGGCUGUGAAACUUGUAGUAAGCCGCCCGUUGUUGGAUCUCCCGCCGAGUACAGUCUUACAAACUCAGACUGGUGCGAAAGACUGACAGAUCAUUUUGAAAGAAUUCGAACAGCCGACAAUUGUAGCAGAACCGUAGAUUAUCGGAAAAGUACCGAAAACAAUGGUAAAAGUACCACAGAAAAUUGUGAACAGAUGGAGGAGAGCUUCAAUGAAUCAAACGGUUACAUCGUUUCGAGAGCAACAAGCUUGUCAGGAUAUUCUAUGUCGAGUGAUAGUAUCAUGAGUACAAAAAGUUCGGACGAACUACAAGCGGACUUGCUGAAUAUCGAUAUUAAGGAGCAGAUCAGUGAAAAUGACUGACAAUACAGUUUUGUUCUAGUGUCUAAUGAUGACAAUAUAAUAGAUAACAACGAAGUACAACAUAAUUUAAUUAUUGAAUAUUGAGCUAGGUUCGAUGAGUUUCGAUGUGUUUUCCAUGCCCCAGAGACUUAAUUUACGCCUGUAGGACAUGCAAUCCAACCAUAGCAAUUAAAUUAUGGUGAAUAAAACUCACAAUUAAUGUUAUCAAUCAUAUGAAUUUAGCGCAGUAUGAGGAGGUUGUUUAUGAAUUAUGAAGUGUGUACCCGUGUUCUUAAAAGAUUUCCUUUUUUCCCUUGUUCCCCACAAAUACUUCACCAUGCAUGCUCCCUUGUUCUCCCAGCUUAAAUGUUAAUCCCUUACUCCUAUGGCUAUGAUUUUUAGCUUUGUUGUUCCCGUGUCAGUCCCAUUGCAAAAUAUAUAUGCUUUGUUCCAGAGGCCGCGGAAGCAUUUCGAAAGUGGAGGGGCAUUGGCCAAAAGGGGCACUUUUGUAUAUGACCAAAAUCAAACGAUUUUAUGUCGUUCACGAGCUGAACGAAAAUUUUUGAAAAUAUGAGUCUCUAUAACGUCGGAAAUCUGGCCUUUACACCGAGAAAGAGGGCACUUUCUUUCCAGCAAAAGAGGGCGUUCAUUCAAGAAAUACUUUUUUCGUUCGUUAAAUGGGGCACUUUAGCCCAGAAAAAAG